GCUAAGAGCCAGCAUUACGACGUCGGGCGUCGCGACACUCGCAUCACAUUUAUAUCUCCAUUCAAAUUUAUUUACCUUAUUUGGUUGGUCUAUUGAUUCGCGUUCUACAACAUCCUGGCAUAACGCACUCAACGACUUUUGUUUACUCGUUUGGACUGACAUUCCACCCUCCCGCUCCACCAAAUUCUCUACUAUACUCCAAUACUGUAAUACAACAUAGAAGCUAUAACAGUGAGUUUUACUUUUUCCGUGUAACUUAAAUUUUCCGGGAGGGAAAAGAGAAAGAGACUCUGAAGGAAGGAAAAAAAAAAAAAAAAAAAAAAAAAAAGGGCAAGUUCCUAUAGUAGUCGCUACUCGCCACGGGAUCGAUAAACCAGGAGAAUGUUCAAGAAAGCGCUUACUGAAUCCGGAAGGAGGAUCUUGAAGGCAAUAAAAAAAUUAUCAACAAAAAGCCGAGUGGUUACAAAAUCCCAACAAAAGCAACCAACGCUAAUAAGUCAAAAAUUGAAAAAAAAAAAAAAAACCAAUAACAACAGCAAUUACACUUACACUAAUAUCACCAAUAACAAUUACAAAAAUUACAACAAUCAGGUGGGAUGCGAACUGGUGACAGCAGGAGUACCGGGGUGGACGGUGACAUACAUCGAGCCCGAGGUCACCUCAUUGUCCUGGUCCCUCUCCUCCUUGGACACUCGUAGCAUUGACACGUAUGUAACCUACAUUAUGGAGGGUCUGGACGAGUGUAACUCCAUGUGUUGUUACUGCAUCGAGCACGAGAAUCAAAAAAACGAAAACCGGGAAAACGAUAUGAUUAUUUAACCAAAGUUUUUAACCAAGUUAUUUAUUGUACGAAAAUUUUUUAACUAUUCUUCCCUAUAAUAACUUAUUAUUAUCAUCAUCAACAUAAUUUAGAAUUUACAGA